AUGUCACAAACACAAGGGACAACAGGCAGUCAGGCCGCGAAAUCGACCACCAGCCAGCACAAACAGGCCGGGAAGGGACAGCAACGAGGCCACUCCCCGCCGGAUAAUGCGGCUCCGGCCCAAGUUCCGGUCGAUACCCUCGCACCCAGGGGUACAAAGGAAACCGGUACGACCCGGCAUACGACAACCGCAAUACCAGGAGGGACCAUCGAGGAAGGAAUUUUCACCCGUGGGGGAGGACCCCACCGCCCUAUCAUGGCGCUGGGAAUAGUAGCUGUCACUAGGGCCCACCUUUCUGAUCAUGCUCUCGCCCGCUUGUAA